GUUGCGGUCUUCUCCGUUGUUGGAAUGAUUGUUUUCGUGUGAUACAUCCACGUCAUACCUAAGUAUUUGUCAAUAAAAAAAUCGUUAGUCGGUUUAUUCAUUUUUCUAGAGAUUUUUUGACAUGACUCUUUGAAAUAAUUGAAAAACAUUCAUUCAAAAUGGUUCUAACCACGAUGAUUGCUCGAGUAGGGGACGGUCUGCCCCUCGCUGCCUCGGUCAGUGACGAUGAGGAUGGUAAAUUAGAAUAUCAAAAUCAAGCAAAAUUACUGUUUAAGAAAUUAAACCAAAAUUCUCCACCUCGUUGCAGCAUAGAAACUGGUCCCUAUUUUUUUCAUUAUAUUAUUGAAAAUAAUGUGUGUUAUUUGGUAUUGUGUGCUCAGUCCUAUCCGAAACGGCUUGCGUUUUCGUACCUGGAAGACCUACACAAUGAAUUUCAGAGUCAAUAUGGUGAAAAGGUAGCCACGGUCAAUCGACCCUACUUCUUUAUCGAAUUCGAUAAUUACAUUCAGAAAACCAAGAAGUCCUAUACGGAUGCACGAGCGCGCCGGAACCUGUCCCACCUGAACGUCGAACUGCAGGAUGUCCAGAGGAUAAUGAUACAGAAUAUUGACGAUGUUCUGCAGAGAGGAGCAGCACUGUCAGAACUCGACAACAAAGCGAGCAACCUGUCGAUCCUGUCGCAGAAAUAUAAGAAAGAGAGCCACUAUUUGAAUUUGAAAUCAACGUAUGCCAAAGUAGCGGCUGUAGGAGUCAUAGUUUUUGUAUGUUUCCUAUAUUUUUGGGUACUCUGAAAGAAGUUUUUUCCCUUUCCUCAACCGGAGCAGCAUUUCAAAAGAAAGAUUGAGUUGUUAUUUCAGUUAUAAAUAUAAAUAUUUUCCAUAAAAUUGUAUAAAAAGUUUUUUUGUUUGUUCUGAGUAAGUUUAUAUCUUUUCACUUCCUUAAAAAGAGAAAAAAAUGUAAGCCUUUUUAUUCACAAAUCCAUAAUCUGAGAUACAUACUAUAAAUGAAUUAUUCAUAUUAAAAAUUCUUUGGAAGGAAAAAAA